AUGGCGGCCGCCGCUUCAGGUGAAAUCGUCGUAUCCAGAGAAGAAAUACAUGGAUUUGUGAUACGAUGUUUGACGACUGCUGGUGCUGAGGAAACAUAUGCGAAGACAUUUGCGGACUGUUUGAUAACUGCUGAUUACAGAGGACACUACAGUCAUGGUGUAAACAGACUAGAAUUUUACAUCGAGGAACUUAAAAGGGGUAUACUAUGUGGAGGAAAAGGAACAGAACCAACGAUUACAAAACAAAACUUAGCUACAGCGCUGGUCAAUGGGAACAACUUGUUUGGACCUGUUGUCGGGAAAUUUUGCAUGGAGCUAGCGAUAAAGAAAGCAAAGGAAGUCGGUAUCGGAAUGGUCACAGCACGAGGUUCAAACCAUUUUGGAAUAGCAGGAUGGUACAGCCUAAUGGCGUGCGAACAAGGUCUAUUGGGCAUGGCGUUUACGAAUGCAUCCGGUGCUAUUAUACCAACACGGUCCAAAGUGAGAACAUUAGGAACAAAUCCGGUGUGUAUGGCAGCUCCAGGGAAAAAUGGUGACAGCUUCGUUUUAGAUAUGGCGACUUCCAAUGUAGCCUGGGGGAAGGUUGAGCUACAAGUACGGAAAGGUCAGCCAUUAUCUCCUGGAUGGGUUCUGGAUAAGGAUGGAAAGCCUACCGUUGAAAUGAAUAAUGUAGGCGGUUUAUUGCCCUUAGGAGGCAUGGAAGAAACAAGUGGUUACAAGGGUUACGGUUUAUCUAUGAUGGUUGAGGUACUUUGCAGCGUCCUUGCUGGAUCACCUUUCGGGCCAUUUAUAAGAAUGUGGAGGACUUACGACAAGCCUUCAGAUAUGGCACACUGUUUUAUCGCUGUUGAUCCAAACUCCUUUGAAGACGGAUUUUCGGACCGACUACAGGAUCUCAUAGACCAUUGUCGCAACCUAGAAACGGCCGACGAUGCACCUGGAAGCGUUAUGAUCGCUGGCGAUCCCGAGCGGAAACACAUGAAGUUGUGUGAUAGUUUAGGAGGAAUACCAUAUCAUCUUAACCAAAUUAAAAACAUGGAUGAUCUGGCGGAGAAGCUGAAUUUGGAGAAAUUAAAACGUACUUCUCCGUGA